UUUGUCCUUGGCUUUGUUCUUUCUCUCCAUCUGGAAGAACAAAGACUUUACUAACAUUUUUGAAUUUGAUAUGUUCGCUGUCGCCACCCAAUACGACUUCUUCCUCAUUUAUUGUAAUAGCCGCCCUUCCUCUAACUCUAUAAUGCUUAACAUGCCUUUGACCUUUUACAAUUCUUUAGUCUCUUUCAAAUUGUAUCACACGCUUCUUCUUCAACCUCCAUUGAAGCACAGCUAUAACACCAUGACCAUCCACCUCUACGUGUAAAAUGCCGAGGUCUGCAAACGAGUAAGCUCAACCAAAGCUCAUCUGACUCUCACUCUCAAGUUUUGCGUGUACAAUAUCUGCAUAUCUAGCUGACUAGUGAGUUGGGUUCCUGUUCUUGUACAUAUCUGUUGUACUGAUUUCUUGGUUUGUUUUGUUUUCUCGAUUUGGUUGCUGUUGUUGUAAUAUAUUGUGAUUUUGAUUGGAUUUGGCAUCUGGGUACUUCUUGAAUUUCAUGAUUGUUGACUGAAUGCUGUUCAAGAGGCCUCUGAUCUGAUCUUCUUCAGAUCAUGACCUCAAAGCGGCCUCUUUUGAUCCCAUCUCCAAGAACCCCAAAUACGCAAGAGCUCCCUACUUUACCUGUCUUUUCUGAUUUUGUAAAUCCCACUUCCGGUCACUCUGGAUCGUUUUCCGGGAUGGAUUCUAAAAACCCAGCUGAGAAUUCCCUCAACAUUGAACCCGCCUUCAAUUCUUCCUCACAGAGAAGCAUUUCUUCGAUUCAUUCCAGGGCUUCUGGCACGAAUUCUGUCCGGGAAGUGAGUUUUGGUGAUGUCGGAUCAAAGCCUGUACGGUAUGGGUCGAGAGGAGCUGAUUCUGAAGCGUUCAGCAUGUCCCAAAAGGAGAUGAAUGAAGAGGAUGUAAGGAACAUUUAUAUAGAUGAUCUUGGUAAGACACACGAGAGGUUUGAGUUUUCUGGGAAUUCAAUAAGGACGGCAAAGUACUCAAUUAUCACUUUUUUGCCCAGAAAUUUGUUUGAACAGUUUCAUAGGGUAGCAUACAUAUAUUUUCUUGUGAUUGCUGUGCUCAAUCAGCUCCCCCAGCUGGCGGUUUUUGGCCGGGGAGUUUCCAUUUUGCCACUGGCAUUUGUCUUGCUCGUUACUGCAGUUAAGGAUGCUUAUGAGGACUAUAGGCGGCAUAGGUCUGACCGAAUUGAGAACAAUCGGUUGGCAUCAGUUUUGGUUAAUAAUCAGUUUCAAUUAAAAAAGUGGAAGGAUAUCCGAGUUGGUGAAAUCAUCAAAAUUGAAGCAGGUGAAGCUAUUCCUUGUGAUAUGGUACUGCUCUCGACGAGUGACCCAACUGGGGUUGCUUAUGUGCAGACUAUCAAUUUAGAUGGGGAAUCAAAUUUGAAGACCCGGUAUGCAAAACAAGAAACCCUCUCCAGGUUGCCUGAAAAGGAGAAGAUUACCGGGUUGAUUAAGUGUGAAAACCCCAAUAGAAAUAUAUACGGUUUUCACGGAUUCAUGGAAAUUGAUGGCAAGAGACUGUCAUUAGGACCCUCAAACAUUGUACUUCGAGGCUGUGAGCUCAAGAAUACUCGUUGGGUCCUCGGGGUUGCUGUUUAUGCUGGUCGUGAGACCAAAGUUAUGCUAAAUAGCUCCGGAGCCCCAUCCAAGAGGAGUCGUCUUGAGACCCGUAUGAACUUAGAGAUCAUCAUACUCUCGGGGUUUCUUGUUGCUUUGUGUACAGUUGUGUCUCUGUGUGCUGCUGUUUGGUUGAGACGCCACAAUGAUAAGUUGGAUGACAUACUCUUCUACAGGAAGAAGGACUACUCUGAGGGGAAAGUGGACAAUUAUAAGUACUAUGGAUGGGGUUUAGAGAUUGUUUUCACAUUCCUCAUGUCCGUCAUCGUAUUCCAGGUCAUGAUCCCCAUCUCUUUGUACAUUUCUAUGGAGCUUGUACGGGUGGGUCAAGCAUACUUCAUGAUCCGUGAUACUCAAAUGUAUGAUGAGGCUUCUAAUGCAAGAUUUCAGUGCAGAGCUUUGAAUAUCAAUGAAGAUUUAGGACAAAUUAAGUAUGUAUUCUCAGACAAAACUGGUACGCUUACCGAGAAUAAAAUGGAAUUUCAAUGUGCAAGCAUUUGGGGAGUAGAUUAUAAUGAUGCGACAGCCAAUUCGGGAAAGGACCAAGUGGGGUACUCUGUUCAAGUGGAUGGGAAGAUUUUGAGGCCAAAGAUGAAGGUGAAGGCUGACCCACAGCUUCUACAAUUACUAAGAAGUGGAGUGGACACAAAUGAAGGCAAACAUGUGCAUGAGUUCUUCCUUGCAUUGGCAGCUUGUAACACUAUUGUGCCUCUUGUUAUGGAUACGUUGGAUCCAAAUGUGAAAUUAGUAGAUUACCAAGGGGAGUCUCCAGAUGAACAAGCAUUGGUUUAUGCUGCUGCUGCCUACGGCUUUAUGCUUAUUGAACGAACCUCUGGUCAUAUAGUUAUUGAUAUCCAAGGAGAAAGGCAAAGGUUCAAUGUUUUGGGUUUGCAUGAAUUUGAUAGUGACCGGAAGAGAAUGUCGGUUAUAUUGGGUUGCCCUGAUAAGACCUUCAAAGUCUUUGUAAAAGGUGCUGACACUACCAUGUUCAGUGUCAUAGACAGAAGAUUAAACUUGGACAUAAUACGAGCAACAGAAGCCCAUAUUCAUGCUUACUCCUCUCUCGGUUUGAGAACGCUUGUUGUUGGGAUGAGAGAACUGAGUGCUUCAGAAUUCGAGCAGUGGCAUUCGUCUUUUGAGGCAGCAAGUACCGCUUUAAUUGGCCGGGCUGCUCUACUUCGCAAGGUUGCUGGCAACAUAGAGAACAAUCUCAUCAUACUAGGUGCCUCUGGUAUUGAGGAUAAACUACAACAGGGGGUGCCUGAAGCCAUAGAGUCUCUAAGAACAGCAGGGAUUCAGGUCUGGGUUUUGACAGGGGAUAAGCAAGAAACAGCCAUAUCCAUUGGCUACUCAUCAAAGCUUCUAACAAGAAAGAUGACUCAGAUUAUAAUUAACAGCAGCUCUAAGGAUUCAUGUCGAAGGAGUUUAGAGGAUGCUGUACUCAUGUCUAAGAAGCUUACGAUGUUUUCUGGGGAUACACACACUGCCGGAGGAAGUUCUGGAGAUGGUGUGACUCCAGUAGCUUUAAUUAUUGAUGGUAGCAGCCUUGUUUAUAUUCUUGAUAGCGAACUUGAGGAAAAGCUCUUUGACUUAGCCAGUAACUGUUCUGUGGUGCUUUGUUGCCGAGUGGCUCCAUUGCAAAAAGCUGGAAUUAUUGCCCUUGUGAAGAACAGGACUGCUGAUAUGACACUUGCAAUCGGGGAUGGUGCUAAUGAUGUUUCCAUGAUCCAAAUGGCUGAUGUGGGAGUUGGCAUCAGUGGCCAAGAAGGUCGACAGGCUGUAAUGGCAUCAGAUUUUGCAAUGGGGCAGUUCAGAUUCUUAGUUCCCCUUUUAUUGGUACAUGGGCAUUGGAAUUACCAGCGAAUGGGCUAUAUGAUAUUAUACAAUUUUUACAGGAAUGCAGUGUUUGUGCUUAUUUUAUUUUGGUAUGUGCUCUUUACUUCUUUUACGUUGACAACUGCGAUCACUGAAUGGAGCAGCAUGUUGUUUUCUAUAAUCUACACUGCAGUACCCACAAUUGUUGUUGGGAUUCUUGACAAGGACCUAAGUAGAAGGACCCUUCUGACAUAUCCUCAGCUAUAUGGAGCUGGUCAGAGACAAGAAUGCUACAACUCGAAAUUAUUUUGGCUAACAAUGGUUGACACAUUGUGGCAAAGUCUGGCCGUCUUCUUUAUCCCUCUCUUUGCAUAUUGGGGCAGCACCAUUGAUACAUCAAGUAUUGGAGAUCUUUGGACACUUUCAGUGGUAAUUUUGGUUAAUUUGCACUUGGCUAUGGAUGUCAUCCGGUGGACAUGGAUUACACAUGCAGCCAUUUGGGGAUCUAUAAUUGCGACUUGGAUUUGUGUCAUUGUCAUUGAUGCUUUACCUUCACUCGUUGGCUACUGGGCCGUUUUUGAAGUCGCAAAGACUGCAUCAUUUUGGUUAUGUUUGCUUGCAAUCACCAUAGCAGCAAUUGUUCCUCGCUUUGUUGUAAAGUUUCUGUAUCAGUACUAUAGACCUUGUGAUGUCCAGAUUGCAAGAGAAGCUGAGAGGUUUGGCAAUCAGAGUGCGUUAUGCCCUGUACAAAUAGAAAUGAAUGCUAUCUUGGACCCCCCAAGGAGAUGAGAAGGUGAUGCUAUUCGUUUUUUCUUCUCCUUUUUUCUUUUUCUUCUGUAAUAUAUGUUAUUCUUUAGGCUGCUUCAGAGUCUCUCUCUUGGUUGCCUCAUUUUUCAUUGUUUGCUAUCCAAAGGAUAGGGUUGUAACUUUGUAGUUCCAGGUUUAUAUGUUGUGUUCCGAUUUUGUUUUGUUGUAUCGCAUACGAUUCAUUCAGUGUAAUUAGCCUUACUUAAACGGAGAAUACUCGA